UUAGAUAUCACGGGUUAUGUUCGCAAAUUUUUCGAUACUUUGGCCCUACGUGUGGAUAUUCCCGACUCCUGUACGGCCAUCGCUCGUCAGGUGUGGACAGUGAACACAAGUUUGCCGAAACCGGCCUUUAAAUGUCCGACCGAUGAGGAGAUUCAAAACGCUUUAACUAUUGCUCAAAAGCGAAACCAAACAAAUGUUGAUUUGUAUAAUAAUUUGGUCGAAAAGUUGGUUUCUUUAAUGAAUGGAUCGAAUGGAGUGCCCGAUCUUCACUGGAGAUAUUAUCAGUUGUCAAACGUGAUGCUAAGUAUGUUAAUCAGACACGACAUACCAGUGGCCACGAGUGCCGUCAGUCUCUUCACUAAGAAUCUGAAUCACGACACGCUUUAUAUCCGAAAGAUAUCAAUCGCUUCUUUUGGUGCUAUUCUUAAACAACAGAAACGAAAGCAUCAGAAGAAGGAAUUGAAGCCAUUCCCUGAGGACAACCAAUGGCUUCAAACCGAUAUCUCCAAUAAGUUGGACACCGAAGCGGAGUUCCAAUCAAUGAAUUUUGUUGACAAACCGCACGUUGGCUUCUAUUGCUUUCCAAAGCCAGUACUGGUUUACGAUAAAAGUCAAUCUAUUAAUGAGUCAAAGACUAUGACCGACAGUGAAAUAAUUGUUCGCCAAAAGUUCGCAGACAAAGACUUUUUGUAUCAAUUGUUAAGCUAUUUGUCUCUCGAAGAGAAUAAAGGAAAGGAUAAGUUCUCAUCCAAA